AUGGAGUCUCCAAUCAAUCCCGCCGUGUGGAAGUUUCUCUUCCAUGGCACAGUUGCCACCCUCUCCGCUGUCUCCCUCUUCUCGCUGUAUCAUGAGCGAUACAAUGUGCUUUCCUCGCUUGACGCUUCCUUCACAGUUCUCUGUAAGGCCAAGACAGACGAGGAUCGGGCUGCAGCGGCUGAGGACAUUCUUAAGAAGCUCAAGGAGGACGCAGCUCAGAAGAAAGAUUCAUCGCGGCUUUCAGCACAGCGUCAAGGGGGAACGUUGUUGCGACUUGCCGCCCUCAGCAAGGACGGAUCCAAUGUGGAGGGGGUAAGCUUGGCAAUCAAGACCAUCGUUUCUGUCUUCGGUGCCGACAAGGAAGGUUGCCGAAAACUGUACAUGCUGGGUGGCUACCGCACAUUGUUAGCGACACUGAGCGAGGCACACCGUCAGGGACGGCAGGAGCUCAUGGAGGAAGUAGCGCAGGCGUUGCACACACUCACGCACGUCAAUGAUGCCGAAGUGGUGUUGGAGACCGACGUGCCAGUAGGCGCCGAGGGUGCCUACGCAUUGGCCCGCAUCCCCGCGACAGUAAAGAUGUUACGCCUUCUCGACCCGCAGAGCCCUAUUCUCUUCCUGAAUGCUCUUACAGGGAUCUUUGCGAAUGUAUGUGCGCUGCGCGUGGGUGCAUUGGCGGUGGGGCAGGGUGUGGAGGGGCGCAGUGGGAUGUCGUACUUCCUCCGCCUGCUUGAGCACGGCAACCAGGGCGUGAUGGAGCACUGCGCUCUCAACAUCCGUUACCUUGCCCGCGCCGGCCUCGGUCACGAGGAACUUGUGGAUGAGGACAACCUGCGGCGCCUCGCAGAAACCUUUACCGUGAACGCUGACCCACGCGUCACGAACUCCAUUCUUACCAUUAUCUUGCUUAUGUGCGACAGCAAGCACGGCGCGCAGUUUUUUACGUGUCUGGCGGAGAAAACGGACAUCAUUUCUACUCUCUUUGAGGUCUGGUGCCACGCUUCGGAAAAGGUGCUGCGUGACAGGGCUGAAGUGCUGGUGCAGCUCCUUGCCCGCGUCCCGCAGUGCACCGCGGCAGUGCAACGAUACCUCGAGCGGUACCGUGUGCAAAUUUCUGAGCGUCGCGCGAAGGAUGAAGAGGCGCGACGCAAACAGCUACAACAGAUGCGACAAAACCAAAUGAUGCAGCAGAUGAUGAUGGAGAACAUGGGCAUGGGCGGUGGCGGUGGUGGUAUGUGGUGA